AUGGCGGUCUCCGAGAGCUCGCGGAAUGCGCUGCUCCCUAGCUUCCUUUUUGCGGCCCCGGCCACUGCCUCCCCCUUUGCUGCCGCCGUCGCUAGCGUGGGCGGGCAAACGGUCGCCGCGCCAUCUGCGGCGGCGGCGCGGCCCGCUAUUUGGGCGAGGGCGCCGAGCGAGCCGGGCCGGAGGAUUGAGAUGUACUCGCCGGCAUUCUACGCGGCGUGCACGGCCGGCGGCGUCGCCAGCUGCGGGCUCACGCACAUGACCGUCACGCCCCUGGACCUCGUCAAGUGCAACAUGCAGGCAACCAGCUGCUACCGUACUUGUCGUUAUGAACUGAUUGCUAAUGAAAACUUUUAUUGUCUGAUUUCUCGGAUCGAUCCAGCCAAGUACAAGAGUAUCUCAUCUGGUUUUGGUGUUUUGUUGAAAGAGCAAGGGCCCAAGGGCUUUUUCAGGGGCUGGGUACCUACCCUACUUGGAUACAGUGCUCAGGGAGCAUGCAAGUUCGGUUUCUAUGAGUUCUUCAAGAAGUAUUACUCGGACAUUGCUGGCCCUGAGUAUGCCGCCAAGUACAAGACUUUGAUUUACCUUGCGGGUUCCGCUUCGGCUGAAGUGAUUGCAGAUAUUGCCCUCUGCUCCAUGGAAGCUGUUAAGGUCCGUGUGCAGACGCAGCCUGGCUUUGCAAGAGGUUUAUCAGAUGGCCUUCCAAAGUUUGUGAAAGCUGAAGGCUAUUCUGGGACUGUCCAGCAUCUUAUGGUUUUACUAAAUGCAGACACUAUGAUGAAAUUUGCCUCUUUCGAGACUGUUGUUGAGAUGAUCUACAAGUAUGCCAUCCCUGCCCCCCAAAACGAAUGCAGCAAGAAUCUCCAGCUUGGAGUGAGCUUUGCUGGUGGCUACAUCGCUGGGGUGUUCUGUGCAAUUGUUUCUCACCCAGCUGACAACCUUGCUGUGAAGAAGAUUGGUCUAGUGGGGCUAUUUAUGCGUGGGCUCCCGUUGCGUAUCGUGAUGAUUGGUACCCUCACCGGUUCCCAGUGGGGUAUCUAUGAUGCUUUUAAAGUCAUGGUUGGACUACCGACUACUGGAGGCGCUGCUCCAACACCUGCUGCCACUAAGGCCUGA